CAAUCUUUCCCAUUUCUUGCUUCUCCAAACCCAAUUGAACCCUCUCACCAUGUCAUGACACGACCAAAAUGCUUCCAGAACCAACACUCACAUUAACCCUCCCAAGUAUCCACGACGGUCUAACCCUCGACUGCCGAAUCUACCACCCGCUCUCGCUGUCUGCGAACCCAAAAGCUCCAACAUGGCUGAAACAUGCCGCUGUCGUGGCUCAUCCUUAUGCGCCCAUGGGAGGAUGCUAUGAUGAUCCUGUGGUUGGAGGGGCAGCUGCGCAGUUACUACGAAAGGGGUUCUUGGUAGGGACCUUUAACUUUCGAGGUGCACAUGGAUCUGCGGGACGGACUUCAUGGACUGCGAAACCCGAACGGGACGAUUAUGCCACCGUUGUCGCUUUUGUUCUACACUACGUUCACGACCUCGAUCCCUUCCGACCGCAUAUCGAUAAUACCCUCCACAGCGAACCCUCGACACCGACAAGGUUAGAAGCACCGGUUAGUCUAGACGCGGCUGUCACUUCAGCGCCUCGACCACGGCCCAUCUUGCUCAUGGGGGGUUACUCCUACGGCGGGAUGAUCGUAACGCAAAUACCACCCCUCGACGCAAUUCUCCAACCGUUCAUAUCACCCAUCGCAGGCUCCGACGCCGCAGAAGUUCGACUUCGAGCUGCGCAUCUUGCUGAGCAGCAGAAUAUUGUGCUUGCGAGUGCCCGUGCCGCAAUGAUGGAGGGGUCAGCGCGGGGGAGGAGUAAGCGUGGUGUAAGAAUUGGGGGCGAUGAGGGCGGAAGCCCACGACGAAGUCAUUCUAGUGCAAGGAGGAGUUUUUCGCUGGAUGAUGAGAGGUUUAGGAAGGGUGUUCACGAUUUUAUCGCCAAGGCGAGAGCUGGAAGACAUUCGAGAAACGUUUCGCAGAACCCACCUACGGCUGUCGUACCGCCUGAGCCGGGAGAGCAUCUCCCUCGUAUUACGGAUCUCACCAUGCCGCAACCUGCUUACCUCAUGAUCUCACCUCCCCAAGGCGUGUUCACACAUCUGGCGACCAUGUCGCUACUUCCUUCGGCAUUGGUAAAGAACAAAGAUCCGCAGGAUAUAGCGGCUGAAGAAAAGCUGGUGCGAAAUCCGUCACUUGUGAUCUUUGGAGAUGAGGAUGGGUUUGCACCUGUGGGGAAGUUUAGAAGUUGGAAGGCGAAGAUGGAAGGGAAGAUGGGGUCGCAGUUUAAAGGGACGGAGAUUGAGACGGCGGGACAUUUUUGGGUGGAGGAAGGGGUUUUGGAUCAGUUGAGGGAGAGGGUUGGGGAGUUUGCUGAUAAAUUACUUGCGGGAUAGGAGGUUUGCGAGCGUUUUCUUGGGAUGAUGGAGUAAUGGAUUACUGGGUUUCAAGCACAGGUUGGAUUGAUAGCUGGUAUAUGGCAAGGGACAGAACCAGAAACGAGUAAUGAAUCAGGAGAAUGUUGAA